AUGGAUCAUCGAGAUCAAAGGCUAUAAGUUAUAAUGUUUGCCUUUUAAAAAGUCAGUUCAACCCUGCAUGUCAUAGUUAGCAACUUGCAACUGGAAGCUACAACAUGGAUUUAUGGAAUCUGUCUUGGUUUCUGUUCUUGGAUGCUCUUCUCGUGAUUUCUGGCUUGCCAACUCCAGAAAACUUUGACAUAGAUGGUGGAAUGGACCAGGACAUAUUCGAUAUCAAUGAAGGUUUGGGACUGGACCUUUUUGAGGGUGACAUCAGACUAGAUGGGGCACAGGUUAGAAAUUCCAUCAUUGGAGAAAAUUAUAGAUGGCCUCAUACAAUUCCAUAUGUUCUAGAAGAUAGCUUGGAAAUGAAUGCUAAGGGAGUUAUCCUCAAUGCAUUUGAACGCUAUCGCCUAAAAACAUGUAUCGACUUUAAGCCUUGGACUGGAGAAACAAACUAUAUAUCAGUGAUCAAGGGCAGUGGCUGCUGGUCUUCAGUAGGAAAUAGGCGGAUUGGGAGGCAAGAACUUUCCAUCGGGGCAAACUGUGACCGAAUAGCAACGGUUCAACACGAGUUCCUCCACGCUCUGGGAUUCUGGCAUGAGCAGUCACGUUCUGAUCGGGAUGACUAUGUCAGGAUAAUGUGGGACAGAAUUCAGUCAGGCAGAGAGCACAAUUUUAACGCCUAUAGUGACAACGUAACAGAUUCCCUGAACGUUGCCUAUGAUUACACUUCAGUAAUGCACUACAGCAAAACUGCAUUCCAAAAUGGAACAGAGCCGACAAUUGUCACAAGAAUCUCAGACUUCGAGGAUGUGAUUGGCCAACGAAUGGAUUUCAGUGAUGCUGAUCUCCUAAAAUUGAAUCGACUGUAUAACUGCUCCUCCUCCUUGAGUUUUAUGGACUCGUGCAAUUUUGAACUGGAAAAUGUGUGUGGUAUGAUCCAAAGUUCAGGAGAUAAUGCUGACUGGCAACGGGUUUCGCAGGUUCCCAGGGGGCCAGAGAGCGAUCACUCCAACAUGGGCCAGUGCCAAGGUUCUGGUUUCUUCAUGCAUUUUGAUGCCAGUUCUGUAAAUGUAGGGAACACAGCAGUGCUAGAAAGUAGAACGCUGUACCCUAAAAGAGGAUUUCAGUGCUUGCAAUUUUACUUAUACAACAGUGGAAGUGAAAGUGAUCAACUGAACAUCUACAUCAGGGAGUAUUCUGCAGACAAUGUGGACAGCAAUUUAAUCCUUGUGGAAGAAAUAAAAGAAAUACCCAUUGGGAGCUGGCAACUUUAUCACGUAACGUUGCAAGUGACCAAGAAGUUUAGAGUGGUGUUUGAAGGACGGAAAGGCUCUGGCGCAUCACUGGGUGGUCUGUCUAUUGAUGACAUCAAUCUUUCGGAAACACGGUGCCCUCAUCAUACAUGGCAUAUAAGGAAUUUCACAGAGUUCAUUGGCAGCCCAAAUGGAACUCUGUAUAGCCCUCCAUUUUACUCUUCUAAAGGUUAUGCCUUUCAGAUUUCCUUAAAUCUAGCUGAUGUGACUAAUGCAGGCAUAUAUUUCCACUUGAUCUCUGGAGCCAAUGAUGAUCAAUUACAGUGGCCAUGUCCUUGGCAACAAGCCACAAUGACACUUUUGGAUCAAAAUCCUGACAUUCGACAGCGUAUGUCCAAUCAGCGGAGUAUAACUACAGAUCCAUUUAUGACCACUGAUAAUGGAACCUAUUUUUGGGACAGGCCUUCCAAAGUGGGAGCAGUGGCUUUUUUCCCUAAUGGAACUGAGUUUAGAAGAGGUAGGGGCUAUGGAACCAGUGCCUUUAUAACCCAUGAGAGGCUGAAAAGCAGAGAUUUUAUAAAAGGAAAUGAUGUUUAUAUCCUACUGACAGUGGAAGACAUAUCUCACCUCAAUUCUACACAAACCCAGCCAUCACCAACCUCUAGCAUCCAAGACCUCUGCUCAAAAACCACCUGUGAAAAUGAUGGUGUCUGCACUGUUCAAGAUGGCAAAGCUGAGUGCAGGUGCCGGUCAGGGGAAGACUGGUGGUACAUGGGAGAAAGGUGUGAAAAGAGAGGCUCUACCCGAGACACCAUUGUCAUUGCCGUUUCAUCUACUGUCGCUGUGUUCGCCUUGAUGCUGAUCGUCACUCUUGUCAGUGUCUAUUGCACCAGGAAGAAAUAUCGUAAAAAGAUGAGUUCAAAUACAGCGAAUUCGACUCUGCAAAAUGAGCAUGCUUUUUGAAGAUUAACUCCACAAUAUGGCAAGCAAAUGGAAUUAAAAAGGAUCCUUCAUCAUGGAUUUCACCUACGUGAUAUUACAACCACCUCAUUCUUCUAAAAAGGGAUCUUUUCUGUAAAUAGCUAAAACUACUGUAAAUCACUAUUUUGAUCAAAGUCAA